GGAUAUAUGCCCUCGUUUUUUUGGGACGACAUGGCUGAGGAUGAACACGGUUGGUUGCCUGAGUUGCCAAGCCCUACUAUUAGUGAGCCUGAGGUGAGGCGAUGUCACAUCAAUGAACGAAAGUAGGCCAGAAGACAGACGCGAUACGCAGCAACUUUGGGAACCACCAUCAACUCACAUAAAUACGAACUGGAAUUCAGUUGAACACAGUGACCAUGCACCAGCUGCAUCGAGGAGAUACCGGGGGGUGGACGAGAGACUCGGAAGCGCUGAUAGUCGUAACUUGAACAGACACCGUACAGAGUUAAAUCCUCCCGCUGAGUUACAGAAUGUGACCAGACGUCGAAGGCAAUCCAGCUCAAAUCGUGGAUCAGACAACAUUGGUGGCACCACGUUGGCGCACCGCGGGACCACGCCAGUCGCACGUCUGCAAAAUGCGGAGGAAUAUCAUCAACGACGCGAACGCGGUGGAGCGAAUGGUCAAGGAAACGAGAAUAGUAUGAUCCGGGCACAGCACGCUUCCACGCGAGCUGCACCCCCGCAGACGACGGAGACAAAUCGUCUACGACGCGAACGCGAUAGGGUGUGUGCAACGAAGGCUCCCGUUGGCUACCUCAGAAGGUUACCAACCUUUUACCAGACCUUCGGGACUUGCACUGGCAACGCAGAGGGCCAACUUCUACUCUACCAAUACGGACCCGCGAGGGAACACGAUGCAUCGUGGUCUAGCGGCUACCGAUCCUGCUGUAAGCAGCGAUUUCAAAACAUCACAUGCUGCCGUCAAGAUUCUCUCUGAGACCCUUGAUAGUCAUGCGUCUUAUCCAAUAGCCACGGGGCCUCUGAGGAAGAUUUUCCAGG